AUGUUGACUCCAGCACCUCGUCUUAGUGACGCGAUGGACAACAACGCGAUGGAGGUCGAUAGCCCUCAGACCAAUGCCCUCGAGGGCAAGACCCCGACAUAUAUGCACAAAUUCACGCAGUUCCCGGCAGAAGUCCGUCUGAACAUCUGGGAGAUAGCAAUGGCUGAAGUGCCGCCGCCAUACCGUCCCAAGCAGCGAUUCCGAUUCAACAUUGUCUACGACGCCGCAAGAGUCAAGCCGAAUCAGGACGCGUCCUCGGGCUGGGUUGCUUGCUUCUCGCCUGUGAAAGGCCGCCACCCUCAGUGCAAUAUCUUCCUUCAGGCGUCCUUCGAGACUCGCCAGAUCCUCUUUCGCUCCAUCUCUAUGCUGAAGGUCCACGAAUUGCCUAUCAACGCACUCGGCCAAUACAUGGCUCCGCGCGAGUGCCAAAUUCCAUUUGAUCUCAAGAAGGGAUACUUCUGCGUGGAGGGCAUCACCCACGCGUUGGAAGAGGCUCAAACGGACAAAGAGGACAAGAACGCAGUCUGGGAUCCCAAGACGCUGCCUCUGGCCCGUCUUCUCGACAACGCUCAUGGCCUUGGAUUUGCCCACCGUAUCAAGCACUUCGCCAUCAUCCCCCAUCCAUCAGAUUUCCAGCUGCCUCAGCCCGGCCAAUUCCCGCCACCCGGACACUUCUUCCAGACGAAGAUUGCACGCAACAUGGCCGUGGUAGCCCAGCGAUUUCCUAUUCUGACAUCAUUAACUUCCGUCGUCCCAUUUGCUCUCAAUCCGGGCCAGUCGCAAUCCAACCGUUUUGAUGUCAGGGGUCGCUUUGUGUCCAAGACAUUCAGCCUGGUGGGCAAGCGCAAAGGUCGUCUAUCCAAGAUGUCGGUGGAAGAUCGUGACGUCCUGUUCGAAAAGGCGUGGAUACGAAUCUUUGAGAGUCACUAUUGCCGGUACAGAAUCACCGCAUGGGACUGCGACUUUUCCAGACUUUUCAUCCCGGAGCUAUUCGAUGGCAGCGAGUGUGUGGUCUGA